GGUUCGAUCCUGGCAAAGGCACGCAAUGCGGUAUGUCCCGGACCCAUUCGAUCUGUACAGAAGGGUGUAAGGGUGAAAUGCCCCCUUUGUGAGGAAUCCCGUUAUUGGAAUGUUGGGACCUUUAAGUGGGAGGCGAGGAGGGAUCCUCUGGACAUGACAUGUACGAGUAAUAGUUAUGACGGUUGCUGCAAAUGCGCGUGACGAGGACAGGAAUUACCUUAAAGAGAUAGCGGUGGUGGCGUGUGGGGUCGACGCUUCCCGUUCCAUACGCAGUGGACCCUCCUUAUUGGUUACUAAGCACAAGAACCUCACCUAAUCGACCUUAACAGUAAUGGGAAUUGGAUUAAACCUGAUGAUUUCUUACUCUCAAGUUGCUAGAACAGGUUGUAUGAUUAUUGCCAAAGUUUUGUUCUCGUUAGUUUCUGAUUUGUAUCUUGACGAGCCUGUCGACGUCACGCGAGGCGAUUCGUUGACAAGUUCUCCUGAUUCAGAACAGGGAAGCUAUCAUUUGAUGUUCAGCGGUCCAAUACUUGGAAGGGCACAUUGUCUUGGCCUAGAACAUAAUUCUUUACGGCCUUGGAAUAUUUUCAACGCAUUGCUUUCGUCUGUAAUGGGCUUUGCUCUUGCCUUAUCCUUGCGUUCAGUUUGGGUGGCGCCCACUACGGCGUUUGGCUUUGUCGUAGCCCGCUUCAUCAAACAAAGAUUUCUACCAUGUCUUGAUGCCCCUAUAUCGCUACGCCUCAUCCGACACCCAGACAUCUAGCUUCGUCCAUAUACAGCCUAUGUCUUGCCGGUAC